AAUUAUAAUUAUAAUUAAUAAAAUUCAAACAUUUAUGUAUAUAAAAAGUAUAAUCAAAUUUAGGUUCAGUAAUUACUGCAGUUCUUAGAAAAAAGAAAAACGUGUUUGAUAUUGCUGAAUAAUACAGAUGAAGUGAGAUAGAAAUAAUUUAAUGUAUUAUGCAACAUAAGAAUACUCAAAAGGGAGAAAUUAUUUAGCAACUAAUUAAUAUAUAGUUAAAUUGACUCAUAAAACAAUACAAAACACUAUUACAAUAAAAUUAUCUAAAUUGCAAACAGACAAAAACAAAAUAAAUAUAAUAAACAAGAAAUUAAGCAAAGUGAUUGAACAAAUAAUAGCAAAAACCCAAAUAAAAUAAAAAAAAAAAAAUCAACUAAAGUGAGACAACAUAAAAAUAUAAAAAUUUAAACAUAUGUGCAUGAUAUAUUUGAUUAGCUGAAUUAGUGUACAGAAGAGUAAUGCCUAUAGCAAAUUCGAAAAAAGAAGAAUAAAGUAAAGCACACUGAAAAAAGAAAUUUUUCUAAAAAACAAAGGCAAAGAAAUACAUUUUAUUGUUCAACUCUAUCGUAAACUGAAUUACUGCACUGAACGUUAAAUAAAAACAAUGCAAAAUAAAUGUAAAUAAACUGGUCCGGUUAAAUCUUUUUGUUAUUUAAAAAUACAUAAACUAAAACAAAACUAACAACAAAAUAAACAAAGUGAUUAAAGAAAUAAUAGCUAAAAGACAAAUGAAAAAAAAACAACUAAAGUGAGACAACAUACGAAAUAUAAAAAGUUAAAAAGCAGCUAAAUUGUCUGAAUUACUGCACUAAAAUAGGACAAACAAGAAAUUAAGCAAAGUUAUUUAAGAAAUAAUAGCAAAAAGGCAAAUGAAAAAUAAAAACAACUAAAGUGAGACAACAGAUAAGAAAUAUGAAAAGUUAAUAUGUGCAUGAUCAAAUAAGCAGCUGAAUUAGUGUAUUGAAAAGUGAUGCCUAAAGCAAAGUCGAGAAAAGAAGAAUAAAAUAAAGCACGCUGAAAAAGAAAUUUUCUAAAAAACAAAUCAGUUGAAACAACGAGGAUAACAUAAGAAAUAAAAACACAAAGAAAUAAACAUACAGCUGAAUUACUGCACUAAAGUGAAAUAAAUGAAUACAGCAGAGGAAAAAAAAAUAAAGCUGAAUAACUAAUAAUGAAACAAACAUAUAAAGGAAUAGAAAAAGCCAUAUCGCACAGCUGAAUUAAUACUUAUGUAUCCAAAUGAAAUAAAAAAGAGAAAAUGAAAUAAAGUGAACUGAACUACUUAAAUAAAAUUAAAACACGGUAAAAAAAAAUAAACAAGCUGGCCGGUUAAAAAUUUUAAAAAUUUUUUGUUACUUAAGAAUACAUAAUUAAAAAUAUACAUAUAUAUUAAUAAAAAUGCCACCCAAAGUUGCUAUAUCAAAUGCCAAUUGUACAAAGUGUAAAAAUCCUCUUAAGCGAACUGAUGAGGUUAUUAAAUGUAGUUUUUGUAAAAAAAGUCUACAUAUGAAUUGUGCAAUUGAAAAUACACCUGGUUUAAAUCCUGAUGCAGCCAAAUAUGUAAGUAAUAACAGUGAAGAUAUACUAUACAAAUGCAUGUUGUGUAAAUCUAAAAAGAAAUAAACCUAAGUGAUAUUGCUGAAAAGCUCUGCGAUAUGGAGGCACGUAUUCAAGACAUUCCGGUGCAAAUAUCUGCAGAAAUGUCCACUAAAUUAGAUGACAUUUCCAACAAACUUAACAGCUGUGUGGAAAAAGUUAACACACUAGAAAAAGAAUCCUCUGAUAAAUUUAAGCAAUUGGAAAUGGAGAACAACUCUCUACGUAAACAAAUAAACAGGGCGGACAUAAUUGUUAAUGGAAUACCAACAAAAAUAAAAUCCAAAAAUUUAAUUAAUGUAAUCAUGGGCAUCUGUAAACACUAUAAUAUCGAAUUAAAGGACACGGAAAUUAACACUAUUUGUUGGAUUCAUAAUAAAAAAGCUGUAUUAAUUAAAUUCAACAACAUAGCCAAAAGAGACAUUGUUAUGCGAAAAUAUCAAGAGAAAUAUGAUUUAAAACUAAAUCAAAUUCGUGGAAUAUUUAAAGAUAUUGACGAUAACAAGGAUGAAAACUCAGUCGAAACCACGGAACAUGAAGAUUGUGACAUUGAGGCAAGGGUGUUCCUGAACGAUAAUUUAACUGCAGCGGCAUCAAAACUAAAAUAUCUUGGCAGAAAGCUCAUACGAGAGAAAAAAAUAGAAAGAUUUAAACUACUAAACUAUGAUUACCCAAAAGGAAAAAUUACAUUUAAAAAUGGAUCUGAGAAGAUUCUAACGUUAGAAGAAUGUGGAGCCUUAUUAAAUUAAAUUGUACAUUUAUAUAUUAAUUGAUUAUUUACAUUUCAUAAUAUGUUUAACAUUUUUCUUAUACAUAUUUUUCUCGAUUUCUUUAUAUUAUUUUACUUACAUGUUCCUUACCAUAUUUUUAUCUAAAAUUGUAUUCUACCUUUUUGUGAUUAAUACUAUUUUUUUUUUUUCAAUUAUAUCUUUAUCUAAAAUUGUAUUCUACUUUUUGUGAUUAAUACUAUUUUUUCUCAAUUACAUUCUAUUAUUACUCGUUAAUUCAUUAUUUUAUACUGUUGUUUUCCUUAUAUUCUACACGGUGUUAAUAAUUUUUAUUCUCAAACUAUAAACACACAUAAAAUUUAAUCAAUAUUAUAAAUUGUCAUAAUUUUUAUUAUUACCAUUAUAAAUAUAUUUGUUUCUUUCUUUAAAUUUCUUUUAUUUUUUUUCUUUUUCUUUUGAUAUAUAUAUAUUUUUUAUUUUUAAACAUACAAAAAGACUAAAACUUGUUUAAUUAUAACUAUAAAAAUAAUGAUUUAUAUUAUUGAAAUAAAAUAUGUAAAAAUGAUAAAAUAUCAAAAAAUGUGAAAUAAAAGUUAAUUUAAAGAUGAAUUUUUCAAUUAUUUUUCUUAUACAAGAUAUACAACAAAAUAAAUAAUAAAAAUCCAUAGAACAUUGUAUAAACCAAAGAAAAUAACUACUUAAUAUUGCACUCUGAAAUAUAAAAAUAUGCUGAAUUAGUUUUUUUUACGGAUUACGAUGUUUAUUUAAAAUAAUAAAUGUCAGUAUUUCAAAUUUAUAGUAUAAUAUUAGUUAGAAAUAUUAAUUACUUUUUAAGUAAUGUUCUUUUUGCACGAAUAUGUAUUUUCUUUUACAUUGAAUUCAUAUGAUAAUAAUAUAGGUCCUGUAGCCAGUGAUAAUACAAUAUUAAGAAAUAAAUUAAUUAAAGGUAAUCUUAAUAUCGGUCAUUUCAAUGCGCAAAGCAUUUCCCCAUCUAGAAAUUCAGCAAAAAUAGAAGAAGUAAGGCAGAUUUUGCAAGGAUGCUACUUAGAUGUAGUUGGAAUUAGUGAGACGUGGUUCAGAGAAAGUUUACCGGAUAUGGCAGUAAGUAUUGAUGGAUAUAAAUUAUAUCGGAAUGAUAGAAUUAUCAGAAAGGGUGGCGGAGUAUGUAUAUACAUUUCUAGCAAACUUAAGUCAAGGGUUAUACAUAAAGUCAUGGAUGAAGGUAUCUGUGAAGCACUUAUUAUUGAAAUCGAAAUUAAUAUAACUACGAGGAUACUUGUAGGAGUUAUUUAUCUACCUCAUGGUAGAUUUGCAUUAUGCGAAAAUCUUAUUGAUGAUUUGUCGGCUCAGUAUGGAUAUAGUGUAUUUAUGGGAGACUUUAAUACAAAUAUAUUUGAAAAUAGUGCAUUGGUAAGAAAUUUUUGUAAUGAUCACAACCUACAUUUAGUUCAUAACAGUUUGCCAACUCAUUUUGAUAGUCACUAUCAUGUUACCAAACUUAUAGACUUUUUCUUAAUAUCUGACAUUAAUAUUCUUGAAGUUUCAGGACAGUUUCAAAUUCCGGGUCUAAAUUCUCACCAUGCUCUAAUUUACAUAUCGAUAUCUCUUAAAAUGAAUUACUCCCCUGAUUACAUAUUUUAUAGAGAUUAUGCGCACAUUAAUUUGACUAACUGUGAAAGAGAUAUACAAUAUAUAAAUUGGGAUGGUAUUUACGGAACUUCUGAUACUAAUAGUCAAGUAGAUCAGUUUAAUCACUUUAUAUUAAAUUUAUAUAAUGACCAUAUUCCUAUAAAAAAAAAAUAUAUACGUAGAAAUGAAAACUGGUUUAAUUGCAGGGAGAUAAAUGAGGCAAAGGAGUUAAGAAAUUUAGCAUUUAAAGCUUAUAAGGAAAAUAUGAACAGCAAUUGUUGGAAAAUUUUUUGCAAGUACUGCAAUAAACUGAAAAUGACUAUAAGGAAAAUUAGAAAAAAAGCGGCCAAACAAUUUUUUAGUGCUGAAGUACCAGGUGGAAUUUGGGAUAAACUGAAAUCUACGGGUAUUAUAGCUAAGGGAAAUUGUGAAAAUUUUCAAGAUUUAGACAUUUUAAAUAAUAGUUUUAUAGUACCGGAAGGUGAUUCUAUUAGAGAUACAUUUAUUUAUGACAAUAGAAUGAACAAUGGUUUUGAUUUUGGAAGGUUUGAUGAAAAUGAUGUUAUUCACGCUGUAUCUUAUAUUAAAUCAAAAUCCAUUGGUCCGGAUGGUAUAUGCAUUAGAUUUCUACGUAUUAUCCUACCUUAUAUUAUUAAACCUCUCACACAUAUUUACAAUACAAUUUUGAUGACUAAUGCAUAUCCAAAUAAUUGGAAACUAGCUAGAAUAGUUCCAAUUCCCAAGAUAAGAAAUCCUAGGCAUCUCACGGACUUUAGACCUAUAAGUAUCCUCCCAAUCUGUAGUAAAAUAAUGGAAGUAAUGAUGAAUAAACUAAUUGUAAAUUACCUGGACCAAAAUAUUCUAAUAUCGCCGCGUCAGUCGGGAUUUAGAGCUGGUCAUAGCACAACCACACUAGUCUUAGAUGUUACUGAGAAAAUUAGAAAAAGCAUAGAUCAAAAUCAUGGAUCUGUUGUUGUUUUUCUAGAUUUUAGGAAAGCUUUUGAUUCCAUUAAUCAUGUAUUGUUAUUGCGAAAGUUACGCAAUCAAUUUAAGUUCUCUAAUUCAGUUUGUAAAUUGAUACAAUCAUUUCUGUGUGAUAGGUAUCAAUUUGUGAAAGUUGAUAACAGAUCAUCAGGAUAUGCCAGGAUUUAUCACGGUGUACCUCAAGGCUCCAUUAUGGCUCCGUUACUGUUUAUGAUGUUUAUAAAUGAUCUUCAUAGCUCAAUUUCUUUCUGUAAUGCACAAAAUUAUGCAGAUGAUAUACAGCUGUUUGCUAGUACGAAUGGGAAUAUAUCCAUAUCUGAUUUCAUUAAUUUAUUUAACUAUGAUUUAAACCUUAUCUCUAUGUGGUCAGAUGAAAAUAAACUAUCCCUAAAUCCCUUGAAAACGUAUGCAAUGAGAUUUGGUAAUAGUACUAGAUACUUACCACCGCUAAAAUUAAAUGGAGUAGAUAUUGAAUAUGUAUCAAAAUUUAAGUCCUUGGGUUUUCAUCUUGAUGAUCAGUUAUCAUUUGAAAAUCAUAUACAUAAUAUUAUUUCUAAAGUAUCGAUGACUCUUAAGAAAAUAAAUACACUUGGAUAUUUUUUUCCCUUUCAAAUUAGGAAACUAAUUGCUAAAACUCUGAUAAUGCCUAUAUUUAUGUAUGGUAUGGAGAUAUACUCAUCCACAUCAGCAGGAAAUAUUAUUAAAUUGAGAAAAUCCUUUAACAGAGUUAUACGAUUUGUCUAUAAGUUAGAUUUUAGAGCACAUGUGUCAGCUGAAACUAGAGACUUUCUUGGGUUAGAUUUUAGGGACUUUAUAGAUUUUAGAUUAAUUACUCUGUUUUACAAAAUAAAAAAAAUGGAAGUCCUCAAUAUCUACAAGAUCUUGUUUCUUUUUCUCAUUCAACACGAACAUCUGCAAUAAUAUGUCCCAGAAUCAAUACUCUUUAUAUGCACCGGUCAUUUUCUGCCAGAAUAUGUAGGCUA